GGUUUCAGGGCGCCACCAUCCCAAGUUUUCACACAAUUGUCUAACCAUGAACAUAACUUUAUAGAGGUACUUGAAUGCAGCAAAGGAUUGAGCAAACAAUCCAAUCGGCCACAACAUCUGGAGAAUUUGAUAGCCUAUGGGGCGGAUCUGAACGCGCGGACGCUGCGAGGGCAGACACCGUUGCACCUGUGCGUGAGCCACGAAGCAAACGCGUGUCUCAGUCUCCUGCUGCAGCGAGGUGCUGACACCAGUCAAGUGAACAACGACAGUCAGACGCCAUUGGAGUACGCCCUCCUUACCAAUCGCAAUGAACAGGUCAAAAUUCUACAGGACUUCAAUCGCGCUGACAUCGGUAAGGCGAAGGAAGGUGGAGACUUCCCAAACGCUCUUUUACUUAGGGACGUGAGACAGUCUUUUGUUGCUCAAAAGUUGGCAGUUAUUAUUUGGUAG